UUCAGGAAGUUGAUUGUCAUGUCUAAAACGGCCCGAGGCCAGGCGAGCCUGUAAAUCUGAAAAGUUGCCAACUUUAGCCUCUUUUGGUGGAGCUCACUAGUAGCACCAGAGGUUUUUUAUAUAUUUAUCCCAAAAUGAAGGCGACCGGUGUGUGCGUCCUGUCCUGUUUUAUCUUCCUCUUGUACUCCACCUGCACGGGGGUGUUGGCCGGAAAUAACAUGGCCUCCCAUCGCCGCACACCGAAGAGAAGCCGGCGGAGUCAACAGAGCUCCUCGAGGCACAAAGGCGCGCACCACCGGCCGCUGACGCACGAGCAGAAAGCGGACCAGAACCUGCAGUUCAUGUUGAGUCUCUACCAAAGCGCUGCAGAACCUGACGGCAGGCCCAAACAGCACCGGAAGUUCGGCUCCAACACGGUGCGACUCCUGAGACCCUCCGCGUCCUCGGUGCACUACCUGCCGGCCUCCAGAGAUUACCACUACAGCUUCACAGUCCAGUACAACCUCGACACUCUUCCCUCGGAGCAGCUGAUCAGAGCCUCGUUCAUCCACCUCCGCUCUUCCUCUCCCUCCUCUUCCUCUCCCUCCUCCUCCCCCUCCCCCCCCCGGGCCUCUGACCCUCCGCGCUGCAGGGCUCAGAUCACCUCGCUGGGCAAAGAUAGCGUUGUGACCCUGGAGCCCCACGAAAGAUGGUCUGAAACCGACAUCACCGCUCACCUGCAGCAGAGGAAACAAAAUGGCGCCGGGGGUCACCUCACCCUCACCGCCCGGUACUGGUGCACCGAGCCUUGGAAGGAAGACGGCAGGUACUCGUCGUGGUGGCUGAGUCUUCGAGGGGGGAAAAUAAGGCGUCGGGAGCUUCACCUGGAUGUCCCGGCUCUUCUUUUGUACCUGGAGCAGGAGCGGGAUGUGAGGGAUUACCUGUUUGAGGCAAAAGGUGAAGAAAUCAUGAAGCGACUGCAUCACUUUCAUCCUUCUUUCAGCCGCCAACGACGAUCCAAAGAACUCCCGUCUUCAGACACAUCAGUGGAUGUCCUGAAGAACUCCCCAACGUCCUCCGCGUCUUUCUCCAACGCCCCUUCUUCCUCCGCCGACUUCCCCAACGAGAAACGUAAAACCAGCAUGCCGAAGAACCACUGCAAGCUGCACUCGUUCCGCCUCUCCUUCGAUGAGCUCGGUUGGGUGAACUAUAUCGCGCCGCCGGUGUACAACCCGCGUUUCUGCCAGGGAAAGUGCCCGAGGUUACUGACGUACGGCUUCCAGUCCCCGAGACACGCCAUCAUCCAGACCAUCAUCAACGACCAGGGCGUGGGGGAUUUACCGCCUUUAUCCUGCGUGCCUUUUAAGUACAUGCCCAUAAGCGUGUUGGUGGUGGAGAAGAAGAUUGUGGAGUACAAGGAGCUGGAGGACAUGGUGGCCGAGUCGUGCACAUGUCGCUGAACACUCGCACUAAAAGAC